UGAUCGUCAUUGCUGAAAGUCACUGAUAGAAGGACAUAUAUUUACCAUUGAUUAAAUGUUGAAUUUAUGAUCAUAUAGUGCCGCUACCAUUCGCUGCCUUUUAUAUAACUUGAUGAUUGUAGUAGAAUUGAAUUAAUUCAUCAAACGCACAUCACAUUCAAACCGAUUUUCCCAUCAACACGACCACAAUAUUUAUCGUGAUCGAUUUGUUCAACCACAACGAAUAUCCAAAAAAAUCAACGUGUUUUUUUUUAACCUGACAUUAUUAUUUUCAAGAGUUGGCCAUUGGACGUUUUUUUAGUAGCGAUAAUAUGUAUGCUGUUGCCAAAGAACAUCGCAGCAAUAAACUUUUGACUCAAGUUCGUCGUGCUCCAACAUUAGAUAAAUUUGAUGGUCCAAUCAGUGUAAACAGGCCAAAUUCGAUCGAACUUAAUGAAAUCUGCAAACCAGCCUUACAAUUGAAACAAUGUGCUCUCACUCCUCAAAACAAUAAACUAUAUCGGGCAACUCAUCAGGAUCAACAAAACGAAGAAAUAUCAGUUCAACAUGAGGACAUGAUCCGUUAUAUCAAUGAUAGCUGGCGUCGUAUCCAACGAGAAUUGGAAUAUUUGCACAAUAAGCCCACGAAUGUUGGUGAUAAUAAUCAGGUAAAUGGCAGCAAGAUGGUGGAUACUGCCAACACCACUUUUGUCAAAAUCAAACAUAUAAAUAGUUCAACUUCGUCAUCGAUUCCAAAGAAUUUUGUCCCUUUCGAUUUGGAAUCAUUUUUUGGUCAACGUUUCAUUCAGAAAUUGUUGCAAUCAUCAUCGUAGAAAGGAGAUUUUUUUUUUUAGAUCCGUCCAAUGACACACCGAUGUGUAUACAAUUUUUGAAUCUGUUCUGGUUAUUAUUUUUAGUCCACUCAAAUAAGCAUGUUGUCAAUGGCUUUAGAACAAAUGACCAUUUGUGAUACAUUUUUUUUUUGCUCAAAAUUAUUUUCUAUUAUAUGGUCUAAUCUUAAUCUUAGCUGUUCCUUUUCUGUCGAUAUAUUGUUAUUGAUAUAUUAGUCAAAUCAUUUUAGUUGUCAUAUUGAA